CCACCGACGAUCACGAUGAUGCUGCGCGCGGCGGGGAGGAGGCUGAUCGGCGCGGCGGGGGCGCUCGCCGGUGACUCCUCCACCGGCGCGGCGGCGCUGGGGGCGGUGGCGGCGAGGAGGGGGUACCACGAGCGGGUGGUGGACCACUACAGCAACCCGCGCAACGUGGGGGCGUUCGACAAGGACGACGCCGACGUCGGCACCGGCCUCGUCGGCGCGCCGGCCUGCGGGGACGUCAUGAAGAUGCAGAUCCGCGUCGACCAAGCCUCCGGCAGGAUCGUCGACGCCUGCUUCAAGACCUUCGGCUGCGGCUCCGCCAUCGCAUCCUCCUCCGUCGCCACUGAGUGGGUGAAGGGAAAGCAGAUGGAGGAAGUGGUAGCGAUCAAGAACACAGAGAUCGCCAAGCAUCUGUCGCUGCCACCGGUGAAGCUCCACUGCAGCAUGCUCGCCGAGGACGCCAUCAAGGCCGCAGUGAAGGACUACGAGGCAAAGAAGACGAAGGCGGCCGAGGCAGACGAGUAGUUCGUCAGACGCAUAGGAAGUGACACAUCAUGUACAUAUACUGCAUAAUAAAGGGAGAGUGAUGGUAAUGAUGAUGUUUGUAGUAUUGAAAAAACUGAUGUGAGCAAUAAGCAUUGUGUCGCGUUUGGCUAGGCAUAUUCUGUCCUAUCUCCCUUUGUGUGUGUUCGCUCCGAACUACUGGCUUUUGGGGCAGAAGUAAAAUGCAGAAAUUAAGAGGAGGCGAGACUUUGGCAGAA